AUGUGCGAAGCAGAACGAGAUGUUUGUGCAAAAAGAAUUGUCUGUCCUCUGAACAGCCCAUGCGAAAUCAGUGAAAGGUACGUUUAUAAAUUUGUUUGCGACCCAGAAGCGUUAUUUAGUAUGGCAUAUGGAAGUAAUUCAGAAAGCACCCUUAAGUUUCAAUCGGCAGUAAGGUCAGACACCUCAAACAUAAAAUCUGAAUCUCAGCACCAUCUUGCUUACUCAGAUAUGCUCAACUUCUAUAACUGUGGUAUUGCACACUCUUAUCAACAUUUACAUCCUUAUUUACAAGAAUCCAAACAUACUCGUUUUACAUAG